AUGGCUUCAACAUCACGACCUGCCUCAACGGCCCAAAUUCGACCCAGACUAUCAAAUUCCCCCACGCCUCGCUUAAGAAUAGCUUGGGCGCUUUUCUUUCUACUGGCAUGUCUUACCUCCACAGUUCUAGCGAGACCUGAGACAUCGUCAUCUACACUUCGACACCGACAUCGUAUACCUUCCGCCAAACGAUCAGAACUAUAUCGACGCAAGGAAUCAAGUAAAGAUGAAGACGACGAUGAGAUUAUUAGCUCCAUAAUUCCCUCCAAAACUGCGAGUAGAUCCAAGCCUACCACGGUUUCCAUCCAGCGUGCCGCCAAAACCGCCGUCUCAACGAGUACGCCUUUGCCCGAAGCCUUUGAUGGAAACUUGGCUGCCGAACUUUCAACUACAUCCGAUAGCAACUGUCCCGCCUUCCUCGACAGUGUUCUCUCCGAUCCUUCCUACGAAACAUGCUACCCACUCUCCAUGAUGAUCCAGACAUCUCGUGGCUUUUUCGAAGCUCAAAGGCAACUCCUUAGUAUCGUACGAGUUCUUGAUGCAACCUGCGCAGCCAAUGUCACAUACUGUACCGACUUUUUCGAUUCCGCAGCACGCAACCUCACAACAUCCGAGAACUGCAAGAGUGAGAUGGAAUCGGGCAAUAGCAUCGUCAAGCAGUUUCUAAACGGCUUGAAAUCAUAUGAAGUUAUGUACAAGGCUACCUGCCUGCAGACUCCCAAGGAUGACAUGUACUGCUACGCCAACGCUGUUACAAACACCACGACCGCUGCCAACGCCUACUUCUACUAUCUCCCCUACAACCUCACCCUUCCUGGUAGUACCAACCCUUCAUGCGGAUUCUGCACCCAGGAGACCAUGAACAUCUACCACGCCGCUUCCGAAGAUCGUUCACAACCCGUUGCCCUUACCUAUGAGUCCGCAGCUCGACAAGUCAACACUCUUUGCGGUCCAGAUUUUGUCAACAGCACCUUGCCCCCAGAAGAAACCAGUGUUGGACAUGCAUUUGCUCCUUCUUGGGUUGGGUUGACACUCACUCUCGCCAGUGUUGCAUUAUUCAAUGCUGUGUUAUAG